AUGAUUCGUACUUUUGCCACCAUUGCCAAUCGCGGUCCAGGGAUCCGUUUGGCGACUUUGGCAGCGUCCAGGAACCUCGGGUAUUCCUCUGGGGGCCGUAUCUCAUCUGUAAGGAUUGAAAAGUUGCGUUUUUCACCGUUCAGAUCGUCAACAUCUUUGCGCUAUACUUCCGACAUCCAGCAUGUUAUGCAAGAAGCAGACUCGCUAGAUGUGAACAAUUCGGUGUCUAAUACCGGGGUGUUGGAUUACGACCGGAAAAAUGCAGUGGUUUUGUAUUUUGAUCAUAUCUACCCAUUCUCAGUGUCACGCUAUUCGUGGAAACAGUACUUUACUUUGCUAUUUCCGGUCAACAGGUGCUCUGAAGAUGAUAUCCGUGAACGUGUUAUGAAUCUCUCGAGCACAGAAAAAGAACCUUUACCAAAAGACGUAAGAAUUCUUGAACUUGUUCCGAUGCGCAGAGACGGAGGAGUUUUUGUCAAAUUUCAAUUGCCAGCCACCAUGUCCGCUCGCGAGCUUGUGGGCCUCAUAUGCCAGAAUACAAAGGAGAACGAACAGGCUUACGGCGAAAGGUUUCUUGUUGGGCCAUUGAACAAAAUCUGGAACCAUUUUCCUCGCUGUUUUCAAGUUAAAGGAACGCCAUGGAUUGAGGAUUUGCGCCGUUUUCCCAGUGUCAAGCUUCUGGUCAAGUUUGAAGGUGAAAGACUCACCGAGGAAGAGUUGUACGUGUUGUUCCGUCGAUAUGGACUCAUUAUUGAUAUUGCUCCAGGUUCUGGAACCGAACCUGCUGUGAUCCACUUCCGUAAAAUCAGAUCCGCCAUUUGUGCCAAAAAUUGUGUUACGGGAAUCACUCUAAACAGCGGCAAUACCGUGGUCCAUAUCCAGUACCUUCCUUUGAAAAGGGUCAACUACAUUACUGACUUUAUUGGGAACCAUCAGCGGAUUGCAAUUCCUAUCAUUUUGGCACUCUUGGCCACGGCAGCUGUGUUCAUUUUCGAUCCAAUUCGUGAAUGGUUCAUCAUGCAGAAUGUCUCUCACCGCCAUGCUCUCGACUCUUACAAGGAUAACAAGUUUUUGAAACUUGUCUCGUUGCCGUAUGAACAGGUUCGCCGGUGGAUCGAUCUGGGCUACGACUACUUUGACCUGAAAUUUGGGUGUGACGAAGAAGACGAAUUUGGAGGAGAAAAGGGUGAAGCUCCCAACGAUUUGUGGUCGGAGCGAUACGAAAAGGUCAAGCAGCUCAAGUUGUGGAUCUACGAAAAUAUCAACACAUUUAUCAUUGUUAGAGGACCAAAGGGCUCGGGCAAAGAAGAGCUCGUUCUCGAGCACACUUUGCGAGACGACCCUAUUUUGGGCAACAAACUCUUGUACAUUGACUGUGAAGCGCUCGUGAAAUCUCGUUCGGAUAAUGCCUUGAUCGAAGCUACUGCUCAGCAAUUGGGUUAUUUUCCCGUUUUUACUUGGACAAAUUCCAUUUCGCAAUUUGUCGAUUUGGGUGUUCAGGGCCUUACAGGUCAAAAGUCCGGCUUGAGUGAGUCCAAGGAGACCCAGCUCAAAAAUAUGUUUGGACUUACGUCGCUGGCUAUUCGCAAACUCGCACUUCAAGAUUACGCCAAGUAUAAAAAACUGGUUCUCAGACAACGCAGACGCCAACAAGGCGACUCAACUUCAGAAGAUAUACUCUCGGAGGACGAGUAUCUUUCGCAGCAUCCUGAGCGGAAACCUGUGAUUGUCAUCGAUAAAUUUGCGGGCCGUGCUGAUGGAGACCAGGACUUCAUCUUCAAAAUGAUUUCCGAGUGGUCGGCUCAACUUGUUCAGAGUAAUUUGGCUCACGUUAUAAUUCUCACCCACGAUGUGGGUAGCAUGCUGCAUUUGACCAGUGCUUUGCCCAACCAAGUAAUGAAGCUGAUAUCGUUAUCGGAUGCUUCGCAGAGACUGGCUCGUCACUAUGUGUUGAACCAGCUCAACAAAGAGAGCCAAGCUCAAGUCAAUGAAUUGGACUCGUGCCUUGAACCUUUGGGAGGACGAAUGUUGGAUCUUCAAGCCUUUGUGAGACGUAUGAGAUCGGGAGAAGCUCCUGGUGAUGCGUUGGAAGAAAUGGUGAGCCAAGCGUCGGAGCAAAUCACCACAUUUUUUUUGCUGGCAUCGCUGACUCAGAACAGCUGGAGCACCGCUCAAGUGUGGUUGCUUAUCAAGUUGUUGGCGAAACAAGAGUCCAUUUCCUAUGAGACCCUCUGCCAUGAUCCUCUCUUCAAGUCUCCUGAUUCCUUGUCUAUACUUUCAACUUUGGAGAAACAUGAUUUGAUUUCCUUGAUCUCCGACAAGGGAGUGUUGAACACAGUUCUGACAGGACGUCCCUUGUACAAAGCAGCAUUCCGGUCGCUUGUGGAAGAUCCCAAAAUAUUCCGCAUUUACGAAGAAGACCUUUAUAACAAGUUGAUUGCAUUGGAAAAUGCCAAGAUUGCCAAACUUGAAGAUGAGUUUGCCAAGCUUGCGAGCGUGGAUGCUAGGUUAGUAAGAAACCGGCUCGACUAUGUUCUGAACAAAAUCGUGGCUUCCACCGACAAAAUCACCGAUUACGAAGAAAAGAUUAGCGGUCUUUCGAGCAAGAAGAGUUCGUGGUUUUAA